AUGUCUCCGCAACUCGGGCCUGUUGACUCACGUCCAAACGAGGAGCUCGACGAAGAGCCCCUUACUAACGACUCGACCUUCAACGAAAGGAUCGAGGAAGAAGUCCGUCAAAUGGAUCUCCCGGCACCAGUCGAAACCACCGAGCGUCCUCAAACUGGCGAAGUGGAAGGCAAUACGACCGCCCCUCGAAGGUCCGAAGGUAAGCCUACGAACGAGCCACAACUCGCUCAGGUCGCCCCAGCGGGCCCACCGGUUCAGCAAACCGUAUCCAUGGACGACCUGCGCAUAGUGUUCGGAAGCAUGACGAAAGACAUCUACGACCGAAUCGCGGCAGCCGACCACCGGAUGGAUACGAUCAUGCGUAAUCGUACGCCGGAAUCUAACGGGCAAGACGUAAGUCUCGACGCCCUCGCCCCCGGUCCGGUCGGAGGAUGCACGUUACGACCUCCAGUGUCAGUUGGCCGCUCGUGCGUAAGACCUACGCCAACCGGGACCCGACCCCAAGCAUUGGUAACAGCGUCCAGCCAACCUGCAGACGCGCCCAGCUCCGGUCGAAAUCGGGAUCUGGAAGAUCUGUACGCAAGGAUAGCCGACAUAAACUCUCAGGUCCAUCGGGUCUCCAGUUCGGCCCCUGAAAUCGACCGUAUGUUCGAAGAAACACAGCGAACUCCCUUCACGAGCCGCAUCACUCAAGCCCGAAUUCCGCAUAUCAAAUUCAAGCUGCCGACGUACGACGGGGAUAAGGAUCCACGUACCUUUAUGACGGCGUUCAUGGCCGCAGUCACAAAAGCACACUUCUCCGACGAGGAGAAGGAUACAGGACAUUGCCAAUUAUUCGUCGAAAGUCUGACCGGCAAUGCACUCACCUGGUUUUCUCGGCUUAGCCCGAAUUCGAUCGAUAAUUUCGCCCAGCUAUCGACCUCUUUCCUCCGGCAUUACCGACAUUUCAUACAACCCGGAGCAUCUAGCAUCGAUCUCUGGGACACAACCCAGGAAGCCGGCGAAACUCUGCAACAGUACUUGGUGCGAUUCAAGAAUUUGCUGGCCAAAGUAUCAGUCCCAGAGGAUGCCGCUUUAGCCGCUUUCCGCAAGGGGCUCAUUCCAGGAUCGUCCCUGCGAAAAGACUUGGCCAUCCGUGAGCCGAAAGAUCUCGACGACGCGCUACAUCGUGCGUCCAGAUACGCGCUUUUUGAAGAGGAAGAUGCCAAACUAGCGGCGAAGUCUGGGGCAAACCGUCCUACACCCCGAGACCGAAAACGUGAAGACUACCGGGAACCACGUAAGCAUUAUGAGGGAAAGGACGCUUCGCGCGGCGCAAUUAGUGCGAUCUCAAAAGAAGCCAGUAACCAAAACACGUCGUCCAAAGAAGCAUAA